UUGAGUGGCGUAAAAAGUGGCGUUUCUGCCGUGCACAAGGAGGGGCGUGUCUGAGUUGUGUGUGGUUACAGCUGAUAGUCGCAUCCACCGCUGCCUCCAUCAUCAUCGAUACGACACCGAUCGUGGCUGAAGUUGAUAAUAUAGAUAAUAUCGAGAGAAAAAAACAUCCACUGACCACAUCCUAGGGUCCUUCAUAACCGACCGGAAAGAGGCCAAGGUUGUUUUCUAAUGGACAAACGACUGUGGUGUUGCAAAUAUGUGUGUGCAUCCGGUUCCCUCUUUAACCCAUGAUGACCCACACUGCUUUCCAGUGUGUGAGGCAGAGUGACUCUCUGUCCCCCUUAACUCCUCACCUCUGACCCCUGACCCCUCGCCAUGGGCAGUGUGGGUAGCGGAGUGGCAGGGGAGCAGGAGUUUGCCAUGAAAUCAGUGGGCACUAGGACCACCCUGCCCCGCGCCCCAGCCCUGUCUCGCCAUUUCCCCGCUGACCGUAGCUGCAGGACCGAACGACUCCCCCCAGAGACAGUCUCAGAGGGAACCGCGUCUAGUGACGAAAGAGGAAGUGUUAGUAUUGGUACCGGGAAUGGAAAUGGGACUGGAACAGACCGGCCACCGGACUCUGACACAGACCAUACCACUACAACGGCAUCCAACUGUGACCAGGAGGAUCCAUGGGUGGGAUGCGGGAAUGGAGCGGGAAGGAGGGAGAGGGAGUGGGAGAGAGAGAGGAAGAGUAGAAGGAGGGAAAUGGAGAGCAAAGAGAUGGAGAGAGAAAGAGUGUGGGAGAGAGAAAGGGAGAGGGCUGAGAGACAGAGGGAAAAAGAGAGGGAUGGAGAGCGGGAGAGGGUUGAGGUAGAGAGGGAAAGAGACAGGGUGGAGUGCAAAAGAAAGACACAAGGAGGUUUUGUGAGUCUGGAUGUAUGCAGUAACGUGGUGGGACUGGGGGGGAAUGACAGUGGUACUGGGAUGACUCCCCACCAACACAAAGAAACUGGAGAGAACGAAACCGACAAUCACAACAACCCUCUAACCCACAACCCACCCAAAAUCCUGCCUGUCUCUGGCAAACUAGAGCAGAACAACUCAGGGCUGGUUCGUCCCUCUGCCUUCAAACCAGUGGUUCCCAAGAGCUUUCAUUCCAUGCAGAACCUCCUUGGCCCAACCAGUGGGAGUGGAGAUGAGGGUAGGGGUGCGGGGGGACAGAGAGAAGGAGGAGCAGGGGGAGGAGAACUAGUGGCAGUCCCAGAGGCCCUCCUCCUAGACCAGGACAGUCCAGGGAGGGGCAGAUGCCUGGCAGAGGGAGCAGGAGGGGGUAAGGGUAACGGAGGGGUCCAUGGAGGGAUGUCAGUUUCGGGGAGGAACUCCCUGACCAGCCUGCCCACAUAUGCAGGCUCUGGUUUGGGCUAUGGGCCUCAAGAGGCCCUGGGGUCUCUCAGUGCUUCUACCAGCAAUAUCAACAGACUAGGGACCACAGUUGGAGCUGCAGUGGCUUUGGAAAAGCUGGAGCAACCAGGCUACCAGAACGGGCUGAGUGCCUCAUACAGUGACCGCUCCUCUUCAGUAAAGAGCUCCUCGUCCUAUCAGCAGCUGAACCACCUGGGGGACACCCCAGCACCCCAACGUCCCGCUCCUUCCUCUGAUGAUGUCAUCCAAGACCUGGAGAACCGGCUCUGGGAGAAGGAGCAAGAGGUGCAGCACAUGCGUCGUAACUUGGAGCAGAGCGAGGCCGCCAUCGUCCAGGUGUUUGAGGAGAAGCAGCGUGUGUGGGAGAGACAGAUGGAUGAGCUGGGGCAGAACUACGCCUCCCGUCUGCAGCAGGUGACUACACAUUCCACAGAAGCGGUAACCAAUAACAGUCUACCAAAUGUUGAUACUCUCUUCCUCUGUGUGCAGGUGACCCGUCGCGCCCAGCGCUCCCAGAAUGCCCUGCAGGCCCAGAUCACCCAUCUGUCGCAGGACAAGCGACGUCUGCAGGAGGAGAUGGCUGCCCUGCUGGCCCAGAGAGAGGAUCUGGAGAGGAAGUGUCUGCACUUCAGGAUGGAACAGACUGACAUACUGCCACGCCUGGAUGAGACCAAGUGGGAGGUGUGUCAGAAGGCAGGGGAGAUCUCCCUGCUGAAGCAGCAGCUAAGGGAGAGCCAGGCAGAGGUGACCCAGCGGGCGGGGGAGAUGGUGGCCCUCAUGGGCCAGCUGAAGGAGGCCAAUGCCCAGCUUAGGGAUCGGGAGGAGGCCAUGCUGGGCCUCAAGAACUCAUAUAGCUCCAAGAGCCUGGAGCUGGAGCGCUGCCAGGGAGAGCUGAGGAGGACGCUGACCGAGGUGUCUAUCCUGAGGGAGAAGCUGGGUGUGUUUGAGGCUGAGGUGCUGGGUCUUAAACAAGCUCUGUGGGAGAUGGGCGGAGGGGUUGAUCCUGCCAUAACCCAAACCCUAGGAGCUGUGGGGCUACUCCCACCCUGGGGGGCUCUCUACUGCCCCCGCACCCCCCCAGAGCCCUCGUCCACCCCUCUCACCCCCACCUCAGAUGCCCUGCUCAGCCUCCAGAGUGACGAGGCAAAAGCCCAGAGGCAAGAGGUGCAGAGACAAGAGAGGCAGCAGCGUGAAGAGGCCCAGUGGCGUGACAUGCAGCAGUGCCAGGAGGCCCACCAGCGCCUGAAAGCCCAUCUAUAUCAGGAGGCUCAUCUCCACCAGGAAGCCCAACUGCGCAAGGAACCUCGACUUCAUCAGUGGGCCCACUUGUGUCAGGAGGCCCACUUCCACCAGGAGGCCCAGCUUAAGUGCCAAGAGGCCCAGGUGGAAUCAGGGAACCUGCGUGAGCAGCUGGAUCAGCUCCAGGGGGCCUUACGUCUAGAACGUCAACAGAGAGAGCGCCAGACCCUUAGUUUCGACCAGGAACGACAUACCUGGAUUGACGAGAAGGAGCGUGUGCUGAAAUAUCAGGCACAGCUUCAGGUCAGCUAUGUGGAGACUCUACAGAAGAACCAGGCUCUGGAGCAACAGGUGGGACAGCUGGGGUCCAAACCCACCCCCACCCCCUCAUCCUCCAGCUCCCCUCCCCCACCACCGACUCUGUCAACCCUCCCGCCCCUGCCCUCAGUCCCUCUCCCUGCUCCCAUUGCCCUAACCCUCUCCCCACCACCUUGUGAGGACGUGAAAGGUUCCCCUUCCCUCCUCCAGCUGCCCACCCCCUGGGCCGGACCCUCACGUCUAGAGAGGAUAGAGUCCACUGAGAUUUAGAGAGGCUCCAUUUUACUUAAUAUCAACUUGAUUACAAACUACACAAUUGGAUAGGCUACAAGACAGAUUAAACUACAACACAGUUAGAACUGCACAAUAUAUAGUGAAAACAACCAAUGCAAACUGAACAGCAGAGAACCAUACAAAAGAGUUUAGACUAUGAACACAAACUAUAAAGAACAUAGAAGUACAAAAGAACAUAAGCUGAACUGCUACACUGUAGAAUGCAAUAUAAACUAUUAGAUUAGAUUAAAUAUUGAAAUUCUUUGCCUUUAAUGUAAAGAAUCCAGGCAGUCUUGGUGGGAAGCAGGGAAGCAAGGAUGGCACCAAAAGUUUCAAGACAAUAACAUUGUAGUUUGAUAACGUUAUUCCUCUGGAAGGUUUAGUGCCAACCUGGAGGGUAGUUUGCCAAAUUGCAUAUCUAUGGUAAUGAGACAUGAGGUCGGGGGAUAGCAAAAUUAUAUUUAAGAAGAUUUUAGAUGAUAAUCAGGAGUGAUGUUUUGGAGAAUGUGCUUGUCUUUUGCAUUUCUGGGGUGAUGUUACUCUCAGAAGGUGUGUGACGGGAUGGUUUGGAGACAGUGGUUAAAAUUGGGGAUGAAGACUCACAAGUGUUUUUUAAUAUGAGGAAAUGAGGAAAAUAGUGGUAAAGUUCAUUGGUAGUUGGUUGGUUCCAUUUCAGAAAAUUUCCUCAAAUGGCUUGAGAUUAAAGGUAGUUGACUCUGAAUGGUUCUUAUUGUGGGGUAAUUGGAGAGCCUGGCUCUAAGACACUGCAAACCGUCUGCGGUGCCUAAAGAUGAACACAAGGGGUCAGCAUUAAGUUGUGUCAGGGCUGGAGCCCAACCGAUUAUAUAGGUUCACUGAUAUUAUCUGCCAAUAGUGGCCUUUUAACACUAUAUUGGUAUCGUCCGAUAACUCCAACGAUAACCGAUAUUCAAGAAAUAGUGUGAAAGAAAAGGGAAUCUAAUGCAUAUCUGUACACUUGCAGCCAUUCUCAUGAUGUGUCAUUAUUGUCACAAUGUAUGAAAUGAACAUUUGAAGCAUAGUUAUUAGACCGUUUUGGAUGGCUAUUUAUGAGAAUUCAGUGUGGAAAAAUGACAUUUUUUCAUUUCCCUGAUGUAAAACAGUAUAUCGGCGGAUAUGUUGUAUCGGUAUGUUUUGCGGCCCCCAAAAAACAUGUUGGUCGGGCUCUUGUCAGGGCUCCCCACCAGCAGAGAAAAUGACUUGAAAAUGACUUUAUUCCAUGGUCUGGGAAAGAGACAUGGCAGCACACUGGCUCUACUCUGAUAUUGUUGUUAUUUAUACUUUCAGAUAAUGCUUUUAUGACCAAAAGUGGGAUGAGAAAGUGACAAUAGUGAGCAUAAAGAGAAAGGACAGAGGUGAAACUGCCUUCACAUGUAAAGAUAGACGAGUGAGAGCACUGUGUCCAGACCUUUUAAAUCAGCAAGGCUGGGUGCACGUUUUCAAAGUGGGAUUCAGCUCAAAGAGUUAGAGAACCAGGUAAAGAAAGACAUUGCCUUCCCUAGAUAUGGUUCAGAUCUACUGCACUAUGUCCUGCUGAGGAGGUCAGACAGAUUGUGGACAUGUUUAUUCCAGCAUACCAAGAUAGUAAGACACUACGUGUGAAUAUUUUUUUAAAGUUAAUUGUGACUAUUAUCAUCGUUAUUAUUCUUGUGAAUCGGCAGAGUGUUGUUACAAGCUUUUCUUUAAUGUUUUUUACUGUAUACAUUAAUGCUAUAUAACUCUGCUACAUGGUACAACCACAUCAACCAUCUCCAAAGCCAUUGUUUGUUGACUUUUAAUGUUGUUGAUAUCAGUGUAAUUAAUAUAUUGUUUUAGAGAGCAAAUUGUUAUUUACAUUUUUUAUAUUUAUGUUACUGUAACGGCUUGACAAAGUCUUUCCUGGCUAAAUCAAACUGAAUCAAUAAAGAUGCAAGUAAAUCAA